UGAAGGCAGAAAUCUGUUUUGUGCCCUGGUAUUUCCCAGGCUUCCAGAUGGAAGAGCAAUGCCUGGCCCUGUUAGCCUCACUGUAGGUGCUCAGUACAUAUUUGAUGGGAACCUAGAAAGAUUGUGCAAUGAAUGGUGAUACUCAGGCUGCAGUGGUGACCUCACCACCCCCGACCACAGCCCCUCACAAAGAGAGGUACUUCGACAGGGUGGAUGAGAAUAAUCCAGAAUACCUGCGAGAGAGGAACAUGGCACCUGACCUUCGCCAGGACUUCAACAUGAUGGAGCAGAAGAAGAGAGUGUCCAUGAUUCUGCAGAGUCCGGCUUUCUGUGAAGAGUUGGAAUCAAUGAUACAGGAACAGUUUAAGAAGGGGAAAAACCCCACCGGCCUGCUGGCAUUACAGCAGAUUGCAGACUUUAUGACCACGAACGCUCCGAGUGUCUACCCGGCGGCCCCCCAAGGAGGAAUGGCUGCCUUGAACAUGAGUCUUGGUAUGGUAACUCCUGUGAACGACCUUAGAGGAUCUGAUUCUAUUGCCUAUGACAAAGGGGAGAAGUUACUGCGGUGUAAGCUGGCGGCAUUUUACAGACUGGCCGAUCUCUUCGGGUGGUCUCAGCUGAUCUACAAUCAUAUCACCACCAGAGUGAGCUCCGAGCAGGAACACUUCCUCAUUGUACCUUUUGGGCUUCUCUACAGUGAAGUGACUGCAUCCAGUUUGGUGAAAAUCAAUCUGCAAGGAGAUGUGGUAGACCGUGGAAGCACUAACCUAGGAGUCAAUCAAGCUGGCUUCACGCUGCACUCUGCGAUCUAUGCUGCGCGGCCGGACGUGAAGUGUGUGGUCCAUAUUCACACGCCGGCAGGGGCCGCGGUCUCUGCGAUGAAAUGUGGGCUCUUGCCCAUCUCCCCGGAGGCACUUUCCCUUGGAGAGGUGGCUUAUCAUGAUUACCAUGGGAUUUUGGUUGAUGAAGAGGAAAAGGUUUUAAUCCAGAAAAAUUUGGGUCCUAAAAGCAAGGUCCUCAUCCUCCGGAACCACGGGCUGGUGUCCGUCGGAGAGAGCGUCGAGGAGGCCUUCUACUACAUCCACAACCUCGUGGCUGCGUGUGAGAUCCAGGUUCGAACUCUGGCCAGUGCAGGAGGGCCAGACAACUUAGUCCUCCUGGAUCCAGGGAAGUACAAAGCCAAAUCCCGUUCCCCGGGGGCCCCGGCAGGGGAGAGCACCGCCUCGCCUCCCAAGUGGCUGAUCGGUGAGCAGGAGUUUGAAGCCCUCAUGCGGAUGCUCGAUAACCUGGGCUACAGAACUGGCUACCCUUACCGAUACCCGGCUCUGAGAGAGAAGUCUAAGAAAUACAGCGACGUGGAGGCUCCUGCUAGUGUCACAGGCUACUCCUUUGCUAGUGACGGUGAUUCGGGCACUUGCUCUCCUCUCAGACACAGUUUUCAGAAGCAGCAACGAGAGAAGACAAGAUGGCUGAACUCUGGCCGGGGUGACGAUGCCUCUGAGGAAGGGCAGAAUGGAAGCAGCCCCAAGUCGAAGACUAAGUGGACUAAAGAGGAUGGACAUAGAACUUCCACCUCUGCUGUCCCUAACCUGUUUGUUCCAUUGAACACAAACCCGAAAGAGGUCCAGGAGAUGAGGAACAAGAUCCGAGAGCAGAACCUGCAGGACAUCAAGACGGCUGGCCCCCAGUCACAGGUGUUGUGUGGUGUAGUGAUGGACAGAAGCCUCGUCCAGGGGGAGCUGGUGACAGCCUCCAAGGCCAUCAUUGAGAAGGAGUACCAGCCCCACGUCAUCGUGAGCACCACAGGCCCCAACCCCUUCAACACGCUCACUGACCGUGAGCUGGAGGAGUACCGCAGGGAGGUGGAGCGCAAGCACAGGGGCCCCCCAGAGAAUCUGGAUGAGACUGGAGAGCAGAAAGACAGUCCAGAGCCCCCUGCUGCCCCCUGCUCCCCCGUCAAGCUGGAGGAAGACCUGGAAGAUGCUGUUUUUGGAGACGACAGUGAUGCUGCCACCUUUAAGCCCACUCUCCCUGACCUGUCCCCCGAUGAGCCUUCAGAAGCGCCUGGCUUCCCGACAUUGGACAAGGAGGAGGACGAGGGGCUGGCUCCUGAGCCGGCCCCGGCCCCGGCGGCUGAAGAAGCCCCUUCCCCGGCGGCUGAGGGGGCUGCUGCAGACCCAGGCAGCGAUGGGUCUCCCGGCAAGUCCCCUUCCAAAAAGAAGAAGAAGUUCCGCACCCCCUCCUUCCUGAAGAAGAGCAAGAAGAAGAGCGACUCCUGAAGGCCUGUCCUGCACACACCGCCGUCUCGUGUUGUCUCCCUGUGUCAUGGAAUGCAAAGCCCCCUCCGCAUAGCUAGCGCUCCCCACCGCCCAAGCUCACCUCCUGUGCUCGCACAGCCUCCCCUGGCGCCCGGGCCUCACCUCAGGUCCAGGGAGGCGUGGCCCUGUGUCCACCUCUGUGCCCGUCUGUCUGCUCCUCGGGUCCUCCCCUGGGGCGUCCAGGCAGGGUCUGGCUGCACAGUCAGAGGCCCUGCCAGCUCUGGCCUGACCUCUCUUGCUCUCCUUCUGUCAUCCAGUAACCCACGCUCCGUCCCUGCUAGGCUCCCCUCCCCCAGGUCUCAGGUGACUGACUCACUCCUGGCUUCCUGCUGGCCUUACCUGCUCAGCGAUCUCACUCUGUCCAUAAACACACAGCCUUGGUCCUGUGCCAACACCCUGUGCCUGCCGGCGGCCAGGGCGCUGUGGUGGCCUCAGAGGCGGCGUGGGGACCCCGCAGCAGCCUGGCCCGUACACCCUUGCAACCUAUGCAUGGUUCCCCGGUCACCGCCCGGCAGCACCCGGUCCAGGGCUCGGUCUUAUCACUGGGGUCUCUCCAGGCCUGUCCUCGGGAGGGCACCUCAGUGAGAGAAGUCUCUCCAGUGUAUUGGCAGUUCUGCAUUGCUGUGAACGGGAACAGCGACGCUGUCUUUUCUCUAAGCCUGCGGUGGUGCCCCGCGCACCGGUGUGGGGCAGGUUUCAGAGCAGGGUCUGCUCUUCCCGGAAGUCGGCCCUGGUGGCCCCCGCUGCUCCUGAGCCCGAGCCGGCACUCACGGAGCUACUUGCCCUCGCUCACCUGCACUCACCUCCACCCCCUGGGAGGCAGCAGGGAGCCGCUGGCUCCUCGAGGGCGCCUGUUCCAGGAGCUGCUGGGUGCCAGCCUGCCCACCCCAGACAGGCCCCUGGGAAGGCGGGAGGGCCACGGUGGAUCUGGAGCUGGACGUGGGCUCAGGUCUCCAAAACCGAGCACCCACGCAGGACAGAGGCCAGCUGCAUGGCGCUGACCUCCGCUUGGAGCUAACAGGCGAGCAGCUGCUUCUGUGUCAAUUUGUUGCCGAGUGUGUUCCGCCUCCCCACCACCCUCCUUGCGUUAACAGACUCUUCCCUGACCCUCCCUCUACCCCACACAUGCAAUGACUAAUUCACUUUUGUAGUUUCUUUUAACUCUUUGUAUCACAACAUGAAGUCUAGCCACAGACAGGGACACAGGCUCAGGAGGGCAGGCCCUGUGUCCUUUCUUCAUUGUAACACGUUUUACUCACAAAUAAAGUUCUUCAAGCUGUA